AAGUAGAUCCAGCUAUCGAGUAAAUUUAACACACCUCGGUUUUCGAAGACUCUAUCAGGGAAUCCUACGGAUUUUGGGUAUGAGUGAUUAUUCAGACGUUACUGAGAGAUAGUUAUCUGAAUUUGUAAGAAUAAAAGUGAAAUCAUAUUGAGCAUGAUGAAAGUUAUGGCUUAUGAAAGCGAGUACCAUGUCUUGAGAAGAUAGUCGGAAACAGAGAGAGACAAAUUUACCGUAGAUCAUGGUCUCUGAUACUCAACCGGUGAGCGUUGGGCCGGGGCUUUCUCGGGAUGGCUCGGGGUUUAUAGAAGACAUUGAAGAUGAAGGGGAAGGAUUUGAGGAGGAACUGGAAGGAGAGGGAGACGUUGGAGAUAUUGGGGACAGCGGGGUGGAAGACACGGCGGAGACGCCAGAUGCCUCGUCGUCCAAGACCGAUUCCGUGGUGAAAAAGAAGAGGAGGAGAAAAAAGAAAAUCAUUGGUAUCAACCUCUCAAGCUGCAAAUAUGAGUCAGUUCGAAGAAUGUCCAAGAAGUUUGGUAUGAAAGAAGUCGGAGAGGAUGAAGACUGGACGCUCUACUGGACUGAUUGGACUGUACCGUUGGAGAGGGUCAUGGAGAUGAAGAAAUACCAAAAAGUCAACCACUUUCCUGGAAUGACAGAGAUCUGCCGCAAGGACCUUCUGGCCCGCAACAUGACCCGGUUACUCAAGCUGUUCCCCAAGGAUUAUGCUAUCUUCCCUCGCACCUGGGUGCUCCCCGCAGAUUAUGGUGACUACCAAGCAUUCUGUCGGACUAAGAAGAACAAGACGUACAUCUGUAAACCAGAGAGUGGAUGUCAAGGAAAGGGGAUCUUCAUCACCAAGAACCCUAAAGAUAUCAAACCUGGGGAACACAUGGUCUGCCAACAAUACCUUUCAAAGCCCUUCCUUAUUGAUGGCUACAAGUUUGAUUUCCGGAUCUAUGUCGUGGUGACGUCCUGUGAUCCGUUCAGGAUAUACGUCUAUAAAGAUGGCCUUGUCCGCUUUGCCACCGUGAAGUACACGGAUCCAACCAAUAACAAUGUUGAUGAUGUUUGUAUGCAUCUCACUAACUAUGCCAUCAACAAACACAGCUCAGACUUCAUAAGAGACGAUGAAAGUGGUCACAAAAGGAAAAUCACCACAGUCGACCAGUGGUUCAAAAACAACGGCUACGACAUCGAGAAGAUCUGGAGGGACAUCCAUGACGUGAUCAUCAAGACCCUGAUCACGGCCCACCCGGUCCUCAAGCACAACUACCGCACGUGUUUCCCCAACCACAUCAAAGGCAGUGGGUGCUUUGAGAUCUUGGGCUUUGACAUCAUGCUGGAUAAGAAGCUCAAACCAUGGUUGAUAGAGGUAAACCAUUCUCCAAGCUUCCACACCGAUGCCAAACUCGACAAAGAAGUCAAAGAGGGUCUCCUCUUUGACACCAUGAACAUCAUCAACCUGACUCCGUAUGAUAAGAAGAAAUGUAUGGAGGAGGAGAGGAAAAAGAUCAAAGAGAGGCUCCUGGCACGAUCCAAGCCCAAAGAAUUCAGGAAAGAGGAAUACGAGGACACGUAUGAGAAAGCCGCAGAGGUCCAGCUCAAGUAUGAAGAGAAUCAUAUAGGGGACUUUACCAGGAUAUACCCCAUGGACGACUCGGACAAGUAUGAGAAGUACUUCCAGCACAGUGGCUCCCUCUUUCAGGAAACCGCUGCAUCCAAAGCAAGAGGGGAGUGUGCAAGGCAACAAAGGGAAGAGAUCCGUGCCAAGCAAGAGAAGCUGGAGAUGAUGUUGAAGAAGAAACCCAGUGAGAGGAAGGACUCUGGAGGACUCAGACCAGAGAGUCCAAACGGCGAUGGCAGGACCAGGCGGAGAGGCAGGCCAACCGUUCCUCGUGUAGCUUUGGGCAAGAAACACUACUCACGCUCACAUUCCGAUAAUUGUUAUGACUUCGAGACCAUCGACCUCACCAAGCCUCUUGAUAUCGUGGAAGAAGAGGAGCUUGAGAGGAUCAGUGCUCUUCUCCAGCGAGACAACCUGGUUCGGGGGUUGGGUGUGGUGGAGCAUGUCUACCGCCUUCUGCACUGUACCCCUGGCACAGUAGGUGUUAUGAAAAACGCAGAUAGGCAACCGAAUUACUCUGCAUCCUCAAGGAAUUUUUCGAGCCAGGGUCUGAGUUACAGUAAUUCUCUGUCCCAGCUGAUGGGACACACCGACCCUGCAUGGUGUAUACCGAACGUACAACCAUUCAGUGAAAAGACACAGACUGUGAACCAUAACGUCCAAAUGGCCAAGACCCAGCCCCAACCUCCGGGAGGAAUGCCUUGGCCCACUUCGUCAGCUGGCCGCAAUGUCCGCACGUUAAGCCAGCAUGCGGACCAGGCAGGGAUGAUCAACGGUGCGGGCGUGGCCCCCAACCUCGCCGGUCAACGACAGCGGUUCCCGUCUCGCAAGGGCUCCCAGCACACGGGCAACAACUUGGUGAUUGCGGAACAGGACUUUCAGAAUCUUUCACUCAUGGACAAUGAGAGUUUGCGUGGGAGACAUGGUAAUAUGAACUCUACAGCGGCUGCGGCCGCUGCCUUGGGGCAGGGAGAUUGGAGGAUAAUGGAUGGAGGAUACGCAAGAAGGAUACUCAGUGCAAAUACUGGACAAAGAAGAGAAACUGGGACUGUGCAAGUACGGUUGAACACGAGAGGCGGAGGUGGGAGCAACCUCAAUUCCACUACACCUCCUCCAGGCUUAUAUACUACCAACAAUAACUUCCCAAACCUUAAAGUAGGACCCACCGGUGCCAAUACUUCAUCAGGUGCAAUGAUUAAUCUGUCUGUCGUGUCCGGUCCAGCUCCUGUGGUCCAAAGGCCUGACCUAGUGAGUGCAGGAAGCACCAGAGGCACCGUCAGCAGAGACACCAUCAGCAGCGCACCGGAUCCACAAAGUCAUCCACUAAGGUCAACAAAAUCGCAAAGAAUAAGAGGAGCUUCCAACACACUUAGGCUAAAGCAACUAGAGCUUAGAGAAACCCAUGCAGUUGUCUUGAGUUGACGACAUCAUGCAGAUGCUGAGAUCCAAGGCAGUGUAGUUUGCUUAUGAAUCUAGUGACAGUGCAGUGGUCAUCCGAGUGAGUGUCUUCACAAAGACCGACUAGUCUUCUGUAGGAUGUGGUCCUGCAUGGAGAUUCAACUGGAAGCAGCAGCACCAUAACUGUCUCGUCGCAAGGUUUAAUUGUGAUGGUUUGUUAGCAAGCCAUUGAGUCGAGCUUCCUUCCUCAAGAUUAGCCUCUGGACAUGCUACAAUAUCCAUUACCAGGGGCCCGUAACACAAAACUUAGCUAUGAUCGUAGAACAUUUCUCUAUGAUUGAUUCCAUAUUGACUGCAGUGCACAAUCGAUCGUGAAAAUAAAGCUUACGAUCAAUCGCUAACCUUUGUGUUACGGGCCCCAGGUGUCAAACAAAGGGGCCAAUCACAAGUACUUGGAUGAUUUGGAAUGAAGAGAAGGUCACAGGACUUGCGGUAACCUUGCUUGGAUCUUUUCCUUCACCACUUGUCUGGUUCAAACUCCGUAUGGAAGUGGAAGCAACGGAUAUGUGAACGCAUCGUUUGCAUCACUGAGCCCUGCACCAUGGAAUGUGACGUUUAUAGCGGCUGGGUGCUGAUUGGUCAAUUGAUCCAAAGUCUUUGUGCGCUAACAUUGCAGGCAAAAUGUUUUUUU